CCAGCAAAAAUGCCCCCAACUCCCUGGGCAGCUCAGCGUUCUGGGGGAGCUGACUGGAACUGCCUUCACCUGUCAGGACCUUGGCUUCCCCCACCCGUCACCACCUGUGCGUCUAAGAGGACCUUUUUCUGGCCCCAGCUGAUAAAAACAGUAGCAGUGGACAUUCAUGGAGCACAUACUGUAUGCCAACCACUGAGCAAUGCUCUCUUUCAUCCCCUCCUUGCCCCAUGAGAGCCCCAUCAGGUAAGUCCUGGCGUCACCCUUCUACAGCUAGGGAAACUGAGGCCCGGAGAGAGGAGGCCCUUGUUGGUGUCCUACUGUGAGGGGAGGUGGAGCCAGGCCAAUGGUCACCCCACACACACCCUCUGGAGCCCCAGCCUUCCUCCCCCGUGCCCUCCCUCUGUGGUUCAGAGCAGCCAGUGCCCGGGCGGGAGGGGCCGCCUCAAUUAAUCACCUCAGGCUAAUCUUCCCCUCCCCGGACCCCAAGCCGCUCCCCGCUCAGGUCUGGCAGAGCCAGGCCAGCAGCGGACGGGGUGCUGGGCCCGCGGGGGCCAGAGCUGCGUGGAUACUGGGGCUGUCGAGGGGCUGCCAGGGGUGGUGAGUACUGGGCAGGUGGGCACAGGCAGGCACCAGUGGGAGCUGGGGGUGCAGAGAGCCUCCCAGGAGGGACUAUGGGGUCAGCAUCCCAGCCUCCUGCCUUCCUGGGGGCCCCAGGAGCACGGACGGAGGGACAGACAGACCAAAGCUGAGCUAUAAGUCGAAGAGCCCGUCAGGGAGAGCUCGAGCGGGAAAGUGGGAACAGAGGUAAAGGGACAGACACACAGAGAAAAGAGACGGACGGAGAGUGAGAGCACCCCGGAUGGAGAGGGAGGCUGGGAGGAGGAAUGAAGGCAGGCCCCUGUGCGUGCCUCCCCGGCACAUCUCACCCCAGGCCCAGCAGACGCUGGGGGCUCCCCUGCCCUCCCCAGCCGGCAGUCCCUGCUGCUGUCUCACUGCCUUGUGUCCUGCUGCCGCCCGGCCAGGUGGGGGUGAGGAGAAGCCAUGUUUCUGAGCCCCGGUGAGGGGCCGGCGGCAGAGGGUGGGGGGCCGCGCCCGGGCGAGGAGGCCCCCAAGAAGCAGCACCGGAGAAACCGCACGACCUUCACCACGUACCAGCUGCACCAGCUGGAGAGGGCGUUCGAGGCCUCCCAUUACCCAGACGUUUACAGCCGCGAGGAGCUGGCAGCCAAGGUGCACCUGCCCGAGGUGCGCGUGCAGGUGUGGUUCCAGAACCGCCGGGCCAAGUGGCGCCGCCAGGAGCGUCUGGAAUCAGGCUCCAGGGCUGUGGCAGCCCCGAGGCUCCCCGAGGCCCCGGCACUGCCGUUUGCCCGCCCCCCGGCCAUGCCGCUGCCCCUGGAGCCCUGGCUGGGCCCCGGGCCGCCGGCCGUGCCGGGCCUCCCACGCCUCCUGGGCCCAGGCCCCGCGCUGCAGGCACCCUUCGGGCCCCAUGCCCUUGGUCCGGCCUUCACAGAGGGCUUCUGCCUGGAGGAGGCGUCCCUGCGGCUGCUGGCCAAGGAGCAUGCACAGGCUCUGGACAGGGCCUGGCCGCCGGCCUGAGUCUGGGGCCCGCCUAGCCCUCUCAUCUCAGCGUGUCUGUGGCCACCCAUGCUGGUCCCCUCCCAGCACCUCCUCAGCCUGCCUUGCAGGGAGACUGGCACCGUGUCAGGAAGGAGGUGGCCUGGCCUGGGGCCUGGGCCUCCCGUCUGCCAGACGGGCGUGGGGACUGUGAGGCUCUGGGACAGUAAGGCUGCCAUCACGAGCCACUCUGACUCACUGCGCCCAGGUCCCCCUGCCCGUGCCUCGUCCUUCACAGCUGAACCCCAGCUCUCGGACCUCCCGCUUUCCAAGAAAGCCUCUGCUUUCACUGCGUGCUCCCGAGUGCCCGUCCUGGGCCCAUCACUUUGCCCCUCCUCCAGCUGCUUUGUGGGGGAGGAAACCGAGGCCCAGGGAGGCCCGGGUUGAUGACCACCCUUCCCAGAACUCUGCUGGACUCCAGGACAAGGAGGCCACAGAGGGCAAGGAACAGGGUGUGACCAGGCUGGGAGCUGGCCUAGUGUCAGCAUGACAGGGGACCUCCCCACGGGACAGGGCAGCCUGGGUCAGGACAGGAGGCGAGGGGCUCAAGGGCAGAAGUUGCAAGUGACCAGCACCCUGUCUUUGGGCUCUGGCCCUGAAGUAGCCAUAGGCUCACUUCUGGGUCCUCACACCAGUGCGCGCCCCCGGGCUGAACUGGCCUGCUCAUCUCCGCUCACUUGGCAUCUCAUACAUGAGUCGCCCACCCAC